UAUAGUCAGCAGUCCAUGGAGUAUCGACCACGGUAGACCAGGCAUGGGCGAUAGAUUACAUAAGAUUAUCACUCUAAAGAGCAACAGCAACGCGGGCUGUUUCAAGGCCGAAGAUCACCGCCAGUAGCUAUUCCGUGUUCUACGUCAACACACAACAUCAACACGUGCGCAAUUCGGCUCGGUGACGAAAGCCAUGGGGCUGGAAAGGUUCAAAAUUAUUUUGGAACAACCCGUCUAUUACGGAGGACAGACAUUGGCGGGCAAAUUGUUCAUAACGACCGACGCACCUUUGCAAAUGAGAGCGGUUGUUCUGAACUAUUUCGGAGAAUGUGAUGUACGUUGGUCCCGUGGUACAAAGAACGGCAGAAGGUAUUACACGAAUAAUGAGAAAUACCUUAAUCUUCAACAAUUAAUUUACGGAGAUUAUGACGAGGACUGCGAACUUCCGGAAGGUGAGCAUAUUUAUCUAUUCAGCUGUCCGUUGCCGAUGAGAUUACCUAGUAGCUUCGAAGGAAGACAUGGCCGCAUAAGAUAUUCGGUCAAGGCUACGAUAAAGAGGAGUUGGAAAUUCGAUGAUACCACGACUGAACCUUUCUACGUAGUUGAAAUUCUAGAUUUAAACAAGGCUCCUCUCGCAGCGUCACCGGUUCAGGAAGUAAAUAGCAAAACCUUCUGGUGUCACUCGAGUCCUCUUUCCAUGUCGGUGGAAAUCCCGGUCCGAGGGUUUGUCUCUGGUCAGAUAAUCCCGGUCAAGGUAUCUGUUGAUAACGAAUCUGAUGUUCAGGUCGGAGGGGUUAGAGCCACUUUGAGACAGAUCACUACAUUCCACGCAAGAUCGACAUCGAGGGACGAUGAGAAUGUCAUUUUCAGAAACGAAUUCCCGCUCCAGAAUGGUCGCGGGCGUGAGGAGAUUUUUUUGAAUUUAAAUCUUCCAGCGUUACCACAUUCCAAUUUGCAAUCGUGCAAAAUUAUCGACCUUAAAUACGUGCUCAGUAUAACGGCCAAAGUCAACGCUUGGUAUCACAGAAAUCUGACGAUGCCCAUUAACUUAAUAAUCGGAAACGUGCCACUUUUGAGCUACCAGAUUCCGGUUCAACCCAUCAGAUUUACCAGAACACAGAUUGAGGAACUACCGGUUUCUGAAAAUUGCAGAUCGUCGGACUCUUUACUCCCCGAUUACCAAUUUGUUGCCGCUCCAUUCUCAGAGAGUUAUGGAGAACACUGCCCAGUACCCACCUACGAACAGUGUGUGCCGGAAAAACGAAAACCGAAUAAAAAACAAGGAAAUGAUGCCAACAACGAUGGGGUAGAAAAACCAUUCAUCCCACUCUAUCCUGUAUACAGAUUCCACGAUGGGCAAACUUAGAUUCUGAGCGGACGAAAAAUGACAGCGAUUUAGCGAACUGUUUUUUGAUUACUCGACUCGAUGCACUACAUGUGAAACAACGAAUUCUAUAAGUCUGAAUUCGUUGAUGUGAAACCUGAGGAUUUAAAGACAUAACAAAGUCCACUAGCUUCCAAAUCAGAGGGAGGUAGAAUUCUGUUCUCCUUGUAAGCAAUCUGGCAAGUACAACAGAUUGGAUAACGUUGUAGAUAUGGAAAGGUAAACCUGAUUUUAGCCGAUUUUCAGAGACCGAAACACUUUGAAAAUCUGAAUUUGUUUAGGGAAGAUGCACAAAUGAAGUGUUCAUGUAAAAAUCCUAAUGAAUGAUAAAAUGAAAGCAUCUUUUUUCACCUA